GUGUAGAGUAAUAAUAAGAAAAUCCCUAAUUAAAUUAAACAACUUCUAAACAAAAGGGAAAAUUAUAAAGAGUAAUAAUUAAAUAACAAAUAAUAAAUAAUUAAAUAAAUAAUAAAUAAAAAAAAUGGAUAAAUAUUAUCGUGUCCCAAAAUCAUAUGAUAAUGAUACAGAACCAAAUGAGGUUAGAAUUGGUGGUAUUCAUAGUCAAGUUAGUAGAUCAAUUGAAUAUGGUUUAAAUUUAUUGAAAAAAGAAGAAAAUCCAUUCGAUUCAAUUAUCGUUAAGGCUAUUGGUAGUAAAAUGAUUUCUAAAGCAAUUUUUACAGCUGAAAUCAUUAAACUUAGAGUAUCUCCCCUUCAUCAAAUUACAGAAAUUGGUACAACAGAUACUGUUACUCAAUAUAUGCCAAAAGAAGAGGGUUUAGAUAAAGUUGAAAUCAAAAAGAAAUCUGCUUUCAUUAAAAUCACUUUAUCUAAAUCACCUCUUGAUACCACCAAUCCAGGUUAUCAAGCACCAAGUGAAACUCCAAAAGAAAAACAAAUUAGACCAAUAGGUAGUUUCCGUGGCCGUAGAGGUGGAUUCAGAGGUAGCAGAGGUGGGUUCAGAGGUAGCAGAGGCGGCUCCAUUUCAAGAGGAGGUGGAAGUUUCAGAGGUAGUCGUAGAGGUAGCCGUAGAGGUAGCAGCCGUGGUGGUGUUCGUAGAGGUGGAUUUAGAGGUGGUAGCCGUAGAGGUAUCUCAAGAAGAGGUGGAUUCAGAGGUGGUAAAGACACUACUGAAAACCCUGAUGCUCCAGUCGAAGAAAACACUACCGAAACCAAUACCUAUACCACUGCCGAUACUGAGUCAUACAGAGGUAGAGGUGGUCGUAGAGGUGGUAGAGGAAGAGGUGGUUUCCGUGGUUAUAGAGGUGGAAGAGAUGGUUAUAGAGGUGGUAGAGGUGGCAGAGGUGACAGAGGUGGAAGAGAUAGAAGCUCAGGUGAAAACAACUCACCAUCAAAUUCAUCACCAGCAACAACUACAACUUCAACAACAUCACCAACACCAACAAACUAAACUUAACUCAACACACACCCCCAUUCAAAUAGCAACAAGAAAAUAUCAUUAUCAAAAACUAUCCAUAAAUAAUCAUUAGAAAAUGUUAAACAAUAUCAGUAAUACCCAACAAGAAAAAACAAGAAAAAAGAAACAACAAUAAUCCAACAUAUAAAUUAUAAAUAGUAAUAAAAGAGUUGUUAACAAAAAUUCAAAAAAUAUG